AUGACGAAUGACUCUCGCGAUUUGGCAGGGCUGCAGCUGGUGGUGGUAAGGGUGGCGUCGGUGGAGGUGGCAGCGGCGCCUGCAGCCAAGCGGCGCCGUGUGAUUGGCGACGACGAUGACGAUGAUGCUGUCAUGGUGGGAUCCUCUUCCGAUGACGACGACGACGACUUUGAAGACCUCGAGGAUGAGCAGAGCAGUGGGAGUAUGGACGAGGAUGUGGCCAUGUUGCGCGAAGAUGCGGCCGGCGGCAGCAAGCGCAAGCAGGGCGUGCCCAAGCCGUCCAAGCUGACCGGCACCAAACGAUCACUGGUGGUGGCGGAUAAGCCAGUUGUAUCUCCCAAGGCCGCGAAGUCCGCCGAGGUCAAGGCGGCAGAUGCGGAGCCGAGCGCCAAGAAAACGGCCCGUGUGAGCGGCGCCGCUGCAGGCGGCAGCGCACGCAAGUCAGCAGCUUCAUCAAAGAAACCGGCGUCCUUCAGUCUGGACCCCAACGCAGACGCCGCCAUCGCUGCUGUGAGCAAGGCAGCGGAGCAGCUGCCCCCCGAGGAACAGCUCAACUUUAGCCUGGUUCCCGAGGGCGCAGAUGCGGCUGGGAAUGAUAGCGCGGAGCCACCAAACUACCGCAAAAAGGAGGUUCCUCGCGGCCAUCCCGACUGCCUGACGGGCCGCACGUUCGUUAUCACGGGCAUACUGGACAGCUUGAUGCGUCCGGAGGCGGAGGACCUGAUCAAGCGGCACGGCGGCAAGGUUACAAAGAGCGUGUCUGGCAAGACAGCGUUUGUGGUAGUUGGCCACAACUGCGGACGUGGCAAGUACCGCGAUGCCAAACAGCACAAGACCAAGCUUAUUGAUGAAGACGGUCUCUUUGCACUGCUCAAAGCCAGUGCUUCCUUCGCGCCUGCUGAGCGGCCCGCGGCCGCAGCCGCCGCCGCAGCAAUACCCUCCAGCAUUUGCACGUCGAACUUCGGUCCCACGGCUGCCGCCAGAGCGGGGCCCGGGGGCGCUGGUCCCAGCGCCGUGCGCAAGCCGACUGGGCCCUACACAACCCCGCAGCCGAGCCAGCCACCUGCUGGCGGGGGCGGCGGGGGCCUGUACCAGCUGUGGGUGGAUAAGUACAAGCCGCGAAACAGCUCGGAGCUGGUCGGGAACAACACGCUAGUGGCCAAUCUGAAGCAGUGGCUGGAAAGCUGGGAGCAGGUCCACCUGCGUGGAGCCGCUGCUCCGACUGCGAAGGGCGGCGGCUCCAAGCCCAAGGACCUGUCCAAGAAGGCCGCACUGCUCAGCGGGCCGCCCGGCAUCGGCAAGACUAGCGCAGCGCACAUCAUCGCACGAGAGGCGGGGUUUGAGGUUGUCGAGAUGAACGCCAGCGACACGCGCAAUAAGAGCACCAAGGUCUCGGACGGCAUCGCGGGCAAGCAGUCCAACGUCAUCAAGGAGAUGGUGUCUAACACUACGCUGCCGGGGCUGGGGGAUGCCGGUGGGAAGCACCGCAAGCAGCUGCUCAUCAUGGACGAGGUGGACGGCAUGUCGGGCGGAGACCGCGGCGGCAUCCAGGACUUGAUUGACACCAUCAAGCGCUCCAAGAUUCCCAUCAUCUGUAUUUGCAAUGACAAGUACAAUCAGAAGCUGCGUUCCCUGCGCAACCACUGCAUGGAGCUGGAGUUCCGUAAGCCCACAGUGCAGCAGAUCUCCAAGCGCAUGAGUGAGAUCUGCCAGAAGGAGGGCCUGCAGAUCAACCAGGCCACCAUGGACGCCCUGGUCUCGGGGGCGGGUGGAGAUCUGCGCCUCAUCCUAGGACAGCUGCAGAUGGUGCGACUGCGGGCCCGUGCCCUUACUUACGACGAGGUUCGUGGCAAGAUGGGCACCAGCAAGGACACGGACAUGAGUCCCUUUGAGUGCGCCCGCCGGCUGCUGGAGCCCGCCUGCUCGCUCCUGUCGAUGGGCGACCGCAUGGAGCUGGUGUUUGCGGACAUGGAUUUAGUGCCGCUGCUGGUGCAGGAAAACUACGUCAACCAUCGGCCCACCAUCGCACCGGAUCUGCCGGCGCGCCUUCGUGCCAUGGCCAAGGCCGCCGACUCUAUUUCCUUUGGCGACGUGGUCAACAACACGCUGCGCCGCAGCCAGAAUUGGAGCCUGAUGCCCUUCGCGGCGGUCAUGAGUUGCCUGCUGCCGGUGGCGUACAUGCGCGGACCUCGGGAGAUCUUCGGUCUCUACCCCACGGAAAUGAACUUUCCCAGCGCCGUGCGCCUUGAGUACGCCUCCGCGCUGCGCCGCCUGCUGGUGCGGCCGCUGGUGCGGGAGCAGGAGGCCGCUGUGCCCGCAGUCGUGGAGCUCAUGCACGGCUACUGCAUCGACAGGGAGCAGUUUGAUUUCAUCCUUGACGUUACCUCGUUCAAGAGCAAGGCGGCGUGGGCGGAGGAUAUGUUCAAGGACGUGCCUACAAAGGUCAAGUCGGCGUUUACCAGGAGCCUCAACUCUACGGCGCCCGCGGCCCGCUGCCUGGCACAAGUGGAGGAGGUCAAGCUGGGCCGUGGGGCUGGCAAAGGCAAGGGCAAGGGCCGGAAGGCGGCUGCUGAGGAGGAUGACGAGGAGGGCCCGCUGGAAGGGGAGGACGCGGAACAGGAGGCGAAGCCGGUGGAGAGAGCUGCUGGCGAGGGUGGUGGGCAGGGAGAGCAGGAGGACGAGGAGGAUGUGGACCCGGCUACUCUUGCGCGGCGCCUCGCGAAGGACGGUCUGGUGGUGCAACUGCAGGACGACGGCAAGGGCACCAGGGGGAAAAAAGGAGGCGGUCGCGGCGGUGGCAAUGGCGCGGCCAAGGCGUCCGGCGCGGGCCGGGGUGGUGGCGCAGGGCGGGGGGCUGGCCGGGGGGCCGGCAAAGCAGCGGCGAAAAAGUAGUUGUACGGUAGCUGUUGCAUAUCACGCGAACAGGCGUGGCGGAUGCUGGAUUAUUGGUGAAAGCCGGGCUCACGUUUCUGUCCUGCCGUGGUCAGCACCGUUGCGGCCAGCCGAGCCGAUUAAGUCGUGAUUUUGUAGGUGUUGAAAGCGAAUCUGAGUUGCCUAACCUUGUCAAAGGUUAGCUGUGUUGUUGUGGCCUCGUUCUGAUGUGCUGUUUGCAUAGCCCACACGACUGCCACAGCCUGCGUGUCUGAACCCGUGCAAUUCUCCGUGGAUGCACGGGAACGGAGUUUUUCCCAUAUUGGUAACUACAUUUUUGCUGAUUGGUGGAGGAAGAUCGUUGUUUCUUAGGGUUUGCGUCGACUGGAGUCCUCCUUGGCCUAUAUGCGCAAACGUCGUUACUUCUGUAAGGGCAAACGAACCG